CUAGGCUGUAAGCAGUGGUAUUUGAAAUAUUGAGAAUCAAUAUAGCACAGCUUUUAAUACACAGCCAGGGUAGUAAUGCAGCUAUAUGUAGUUUUAGGUUUCAGAAGUUCAACAUGGCGAGCACAGAUACUCCAGCAGCAAGUACCACCAACGGUCAAGGGGGAAGGACAGAGCUGAUAGCCGAGUUCGACCGACUAGGAAUCGUUCAUGAGACGUUAGAACAUCCUGAGGUUUUCACUGUGGAGGCUAUGAUGCCACACAUUCAGCACCUAACAGGGGCAUUCUGCAAGAACCUCUUCGUAAAGGACAAGAAGAAAAGGCUGUACCUCCUCACCGCCCUUCAUGACAGACCUAUCCAGCUUAACGCAGUGUGCAAGAAAGUGGGCGCAUCAGGAGGGCUUCGACUUGCUGACGAGUCCAUCCUGAAGGAGAAGUUAGGGGUCACUCAGGGUAGCGUCACCCCUUUUGCCAUCUUCAACGACAAAGCAGGAGAUGUGAAGUUCAUACUGGACUCGGACAUAGUCAACGGUGGCCACAAGAAGAUGUUUGGGCAUCCUAUGGUGAAUACAGCCUCCACCGCCAUCUCGCCUGAGGAUCUGAUGAAGUUUGCAAGGGAGAUGGGUCAUGAACCAGUGUUACUUGACUUUAGUGACAUGUAGACCAUUGCUAACAUGAAACUAGUGGUUCCUAUAUUAAAGGGGAACUCUAUCAAAGUUAGUUUUGAUGAAAGCAUAAGAAUGAGAGGAACAGAUCAGUGGAAUUUUGAGGAAAGGCUGAUGAUGCCUUCAGUAUAGGUAUAAUUGAUCAAAUGCAUAUAUAUAUAUACAUGUAUAUUGGCAACUUUUUUUAAAACACCUUUCAACUUUUGAAGUACCUCUCCCAUAUAUAUUUUAUCAAAAAUGUCAUAAAUGACUACUACUAUAGUACAACCACCACUUCUUUUACUACUACAUUGUACAACCACUACCACUGGACCGGAGUGUUGGCUCAGUCAGUAGAGCGUCCGCCUCACAGGGGGCGGUGGGAAGUGAAGCGCCGUUUUAGCAUGACUUUCUUUUUAACUCUUA